AUGGGCCCGAAUCCCUUCCUUUACGUUUGCCCGUCUGCUUCGGUGCCGCAAUCCCAGGGACGUUGCAAGGCCGGCGUUGCCUUGAGUGCCCAGCCGGUCUCUGCGGUCCAGGAGGCUCGGAGCGUUUUGCCGUCCCCCCAACGCGCGCGUGUCUGUCCCAGCUUCCACUGCCACGUGUACCCCUACCCCGAGAGCGAGGCCAGCCGCACGGAGACCCUGACGGGGCUGCUCAGCCAGAUCCAGGACCUCAGCGUGGUGCUGGAGGAGACGGAGCAGUACUUGGCGCAGGUGCUGGACAAGGUGGUGCUGGUGCUGCCCACGUGGCGGGUGCGGGUGCAGAAGAUGAAGGCGGUCUACCUCGUCCUCAACCAGUGCAGCUUCGAUGUCACCGAGAAGUGCCUCAUCGCUGAGGUCUGGUGCCCCGUGCGUGACCUCACGCAGGUGCAGGACGCCCUGCGCCAGGGGUCGUACAAGAGCGGCUCAAGCGUGGAGUGCUUCGUGCAGCGCAUCCCCACCUCGGAGAGCCCCCCGACGCUCAUCCGCACCAACAAGUUCACCGCCGGCUUCCAAAGCAUCGUGGAUGCCUAUGGGGUGGCCAGCUACCAGGAGGUGAACCCUGCACCCUAUGCCAUCAUCACGUUCCCCUUCAUCUUCGCCAUCAUGUUUGGGGACGUGGGCCACGGGCUGCUCAUGUUCCUCUUUGCUCUCUGGAUGGUGCUGUACGAGAAUAGCCCCAGCUUGCGGCAGGCCAGCAACGAGAUCUGGCUGACGUUCUUUGAAGGGCGCUACCUCAUCCUGCUCAUGGGGGCCUUCUCCAUCUAUACUGGCUUCAUCUACAACGAGUGCUUCAGCAAAGCCACCGUCAUAUUCCCCUCGGCCUGGAGCGUGGCUGCCAUGGCCAGCCACUCCUCCUGGAGUUCCGACUACCUCGCCACUCACCCGACCCUCGCCCUAGACCCCAACAUCACAGGCGUCUUCCAAGGGCCCUACCCUUUCGGGAUCGACCCAAUCUGGAGCUUGGCCACCAACCACCUCAACUUCCUCAACUCCUUCAAGAUGAAGAUGUCCGUGGUGCUGGGCAUCGUGCACAUGGGCUUUGGUGUCCUCCUGGGGGUCUUCAACCACGUGCACUUCCAGCAGCGACACCGGCUGGUGCUGGAAUUCCUGCCCGAGAUGAUCUUCCUGCUGGCCCUUUUUGGCUACCUCGUCUUCCUCAUCUUUUACAAGUGGAUCAAGUUCAGUGCCGUCAACUCCCUGGUGGCCCCCAGCAUCCUCAUCCACUUCAUCGACAUGUUCCUCUUCACCUCCAACGCCGAAAACCUCCCGCUCUACGAGGGGCAGGUAGCGUCUCCCACCAUGGGGCAGCCGUGGGGCUCCCCGGGCCCAGCUCUCCUCCCUAGCUUGAUCCUCUGGCUGGUGUCAACGUGCUGCCUUGUCCCCUCUGCCCUGUAUAGUCCUGUCCCCAUCCAGGAGCCCAGCCAGGGCAGGGAUGCUGGGCGUGCUGGCAGCAGCGAGGAGCCCUGGGGGGACCUGGAGCAGCGGGGAUGGGGGUCCUGCGCUCGGGACGGGGUGCACGAACCUUGGGCACAGCUCUGGGGAGAGGAGCUUCUCCGCAGCCCACCCCUCCGCCUGGGGCUCUCCGCGAGCGCGGCCCCGCUGGGCAGCCAGCCUGCGUCACGAGCAGGACGGGAGGCUGGCAACUCCGUCAACGCCACCAAGGAGGACGUCGAGAGCGGGGCGCACGUCCGCGACGCCGAGCACUUUGAGUUCUCCGAGGUCUUCAUGCACCAGGCGAUCCACACCAUUGAGUACUGCCUGGGCUGCAUCUCCAACACGGCGUCCUACCUGCGGCUCUGGGCCCUCAGCCUGGCGCACGCGCAGCUGUCGGAGGUCCUCUGGACCAUGGUGAUGCGCAAUGGGUUCGUGCGGCUGAACUACGUGGGUGGCGUCGUGCUGGUGCCCGUCUUCGCCUUCUUUGCCGUGCUCACCGUGGCCAUCCUGCUGGUGAUGGAGGGGCUCUCAGCCUUCCUGCAUGCCCUGCGGCUGCACUGGUGA